AAGCUGUGUUCUCUCUCUCUCUGUCUCAACUUGCCUUUAGUGAUAUCAUUUCUGCCCGCAACAGUUGUUAGUGACGCACAAGGAAAGAAUGCAGCCUUCCUGCAGGACAUGUUACUGUGUCUUCUGGCAGGCUCAAACGUGCUCAGGUAGAUUACUUCGUAUUCCAAUGGCAGCGUUUUGAAAAGAAGAGCACACAUGUGGACGGCCACUCCUCUGUUUGGAUGUGUGUCACUGAUCGUUCCUUCCCCCUGCUCUUCUCUUUCACCGCCAUGUCGUUCACUGGGAAGUACGAGCUGGAGAGUCAGGAGAACUAUGAGCCGUUCCUUGAAAUAAUCGGAAUUCUCAAUUCCAAGACUGACUUCAAAGUGCAGACAGAAGUGCAUCAGGACGGGAAUGACUUCACGUGGACUCAAAGCAUCCCAGGCUGGACCUGGUCUAAUAAGUUCACCGUUGGCCAGGAAUGUGAGCUGGUGACAAUGAAGGGCUCCAAAUUCAAGGCCCCCGUCUUUCUGGAAGAUGGGAGGAUUUCCGUACAAUUUCCGCAAUACCACUUCACAGCUGAGAUGGUGAACGAUAAGUUGGAAGUGACUUGUACUACUCCAGGAGACAAGGGAGUGACCUUCACAAGAGUUAGCAAGAGGAUUUGACGCCACAAGAGCUAAGAUGCUUGAAAGAGAAUCAGGCUGCAGACGAAUGGAAGAUGGCGGCUGGUUCCUACCACUGCAAGAUGGACAACACAAAACAUCUCUCAAGUAUAUUUUGUGUGUGUGUCACUUUCAGUCUACAGUGCUCCAGCUGCCAGUGCUCAUGGUGUGUCAACCAUAAACCGUUUUAAAAAUCUAAUUAUGAUGUCUCAAGUAAUUAUGUGUUUCAUCUUUUAACUCAGCAAUUGCGUGGAUGUUGGAAAAUAGAAGAAAACUAAGGGACAUACAGUAUAUGUAGACUCCAGGUGCAAAGGUGCCCUAGGAGGUGAACAAUUUGCGAUACCUACACCAAUGUUUGCCUUUUUAACACUGCGUAACCAGAAAAGUGUAGCGAGGAUGGCACAGAGAGAAACCAGUGAUCAUAAGCGUACAAAAGCAGUCCAGUACACACACCUGUCCUGGUUGCUGAGUUAAACAAUGUGAAAGCAUUCAUCAUCAUAAAGUACAUCAAUAAUUCAUCAUUUCAAACAACAGUGCAU